AAGAGGUAAAAUCUGAGUAGAAUAGAAGAGACCCAAAAACAUAGAAUGCCAAGUGUCAAGUUCUAACUAGCGAGCACUUAACAAUGCAGUCUACUAAGCGUUUUUGAUAAUCCUCAAGGGAAGGGUAUAGCGUGGCACACUUGGCAUUCAAUGGCUAUGCGCCUCAUCUUCCCUUGCACUGCUGCAACUGGAAAUACUGAUCGUAUAACCCAUGGGAACGCUGUUAUACGGCUAAUCUCCUCCAACGCUAACGCCAGAGCCAAUAGAAGAGGACAUCUUUCUAUCUGCCCUGCACUUUCCGACAAAGAUACCACCAAAGAAGGUAGCAGUUCAGUGGAACAAGUCACAAAAAAAUAUGGGUUAGAAGCCGGUUUAUGGAAGAUAUUUACCACAAAGGAUGACGAGAAUGGAGAGGAUGGCAAAGAAAUGAAGAAAAAUCAGGCCAAGCAGUUGUUAGCACGCUAUGGUGGGGCAUACUUGGCUACUUCUAUAUCGCUUUCAGUAGUCUCCUUCACUGUUUGUUACUUGCUGAUUAAUGCAGGAGUGGAUGUCCAGGGCUUGCUUGAUAAGGUUGGAAUUCACACCAAUGAAACGGGAGAAAAAGUGGGAACGUUUGCCCUUGCAUAUGCUGCGCACAAAGCGGCUUCUCCAAUCAGGUUUCCUCCAACUGUUGCCCUUACACCCAUGGUUGCUGGUUGGUUUGGCAAAAAGAGCAAGGACAAGGAGGAAAAUAAAAUUACUUAGCAAACAUUUUGAAAGUCCUUGCAUAUUUUUUGAGGCGCAAAUAUAUGUAACUAUAUAUAUGUAUCAAUAUUUUUUUUGCUAUAGUCCCGUUGUUACUAGAGAAAAGUUCAAUUCAAUAUUCACAAAUACAAAACCCUUGAAUUAGCUUCUAGGCCGAUACAUUUCAAUAAUAAAUGUGGUGAAAUCUGAUCA